UGACGACAUACUAGAUUUCAUUGUACUACAGCUUGCAAAGUCAAGACAAUUGAGAUUGAGAGAGAGUAUUCACUGCAGCAGUAGACAUGUUUUUCAUUAGUUAAUUCUAUUGUACUGUAGACAUUGCAUGAUGUGUGUAUUAUUUAUAAAGAUGUUUGUAUAUGAUAAAUGGUAUAACUUAGGAAUGAGGGUAUGGUUGACUUUUAUAAUAUUGAUUUUGUUGAAGUUUGAAGAUGAAAUGAUUGCGUCAUCUUACUUGUAAUCUGUUAAUGCAGUAGUGGGCAAACUGGCUAAUUGUUAUCAAGACCAACAAAUGUUUACUGAAGCAGAAAGUCUUUAUCAGACACAACUCUCACUAUUGGUUGAUGUGUCAGGAGACAACACGGAGAGAAUUGCAAGUGUUCUGAACAACCUAGCUGUGAAUUAUUGUCAUCAAGAUAAACUAGAGCAGGCAAUGGAAACUUAUGAUCGAGUGUUGAAAAUGGAGACAACAGUUUCGUCAAGUACAGAUUCGCCAAGUCAACUUCUUAGUCUUUCUACUUCAAUGAUAAAUAUGGGUUUGUGUUUAAUGCGAAAUGGGCAACAUGAGAAGGCUUUUCCAUUGCUGGAGAGAAGUUUAGCUAUUUUGAGAGAACACUUACCAACAGAUCAUUGGCAUGUGGCAGUAGGUCUUAUUAGUUUGUCUCAAUGUUGUUUACAUCUGGGUAACACGAGGAGAGCCUUACAACUGUGUGAUGAUUCUCUGUCUAUUGCAUCUCAGUCUCUGCCUGCCAAUCACCCACGCAUUGCACUAUCUAUGGAUGUGUUGUCACAAUGUCAUCGCGAAGCUGGUAAUCUAGAUGAAGCAAUAGACAUUGCACAGCGAAGUAUUGCCAUACACAAGCAACACUUGCCUCAUACAAGGCAACAUCUUUGCACAUCUCUGAACAACUUAGGAUCGUGUUACCAUGAUAAAGGAAUGUUGGAUGCAGCAACUAGAGCAUGUGAAGAAUGUUUGGAGAUUAGACGUUUAUGUCUUCCUAGACAUCAUCCUGACAUUGGAACCGCUCUGAACAACUUAGGAUCGUGUUACUAUGAUAAAGGAAUGUUGGAUGCAGCAACUAGAGCAUAUGAAGAAAGUUUGGAGAUUAAACGUUUAUGUCUUCCUAGACAUCAUCCUGACAUUGGAACCGCUCUGAACAACUUAGGAUCGUGUUACCAUGAUAAAGGAAUGUUGGAUGCAGCAACUAGAGCAUAUGAAGAAUGUUUGGAGAUUAGACGUUUAUGUCUUCCUAGACAUCAUCCUGACAUUGGAACCGCUCUGAACAACUUAGGAUCGUGUUACUAUGAUAAAGGAAUGUUGGAUGCAGCAACUAGAGCAUAUGAAGAAUGUUUGGAGAUUAAACGUUUAUGUCUUCCUAGACAUCAUCCUGACAUUGGAACCGCUCUGAACAACUUAGGAUUGUGUUACCUUGACAAAGGAAUGUUGUAUGCAGCAACUAGAGCAUAUGAAGAAUGUUUGGAGAUUACUCGUUUAUGUCUUCCUAGACAUCGUUCUGACAUUGGAACCGUUUUGUGGAAUCUUGGUGUAGCAUACCAAAAGUUAAACAACAUUGAGAAGGCAACUGUUGUGUUGAGAGAAUGUCUGGCAAUUAGAGAGAGAGCAUUUUCUCCAACACACCCUUGUGUUAUUAAUGUAUUGAAGUCUCUGGGGAGCAUUGCAUAUGAUCAACAACUUUACGAUGAGUCAUUACGAUAUUAUGGUAGAGUACAGGACAUUCUGAUGAGAACAUCUCCAGCAUCAGAGGAUAUGGCUGAAGUGUGUCACAACAUGGGAGCGUGCUAUGUCAAGUUGUCUCAAUUAGAUGCAGCAGAAAAGGCAUUUUCCCAGUCAUUGCAGCUCAAAACUUCUCUUUAUUCACCAGGACAUUACAAAAUAUCUAACACUGAAAUGCUAUUGCACCAGCUGUGGCAAUUGAAAGAUGGACGUUAAGAGGAUUGUUUGAUCGAUGUACCCAGAUUACAUUGUUUUAUUUGCUGACCUUGUGGAGUUUCGUAUGUAUUUGUCACGUGAUACCAGGUUCCUACAAUCUGAACAGACUAAUUGCCAUGUAUGCAAAUAACGUAUUUGUAAUAAUCUUGCUAUCCUUGCUGUUGUGAUGAUCAUGAUGUAUCUGCAAAUUUACAAUUUAUUAUAGUACAUGCAUAGUAUUGUUAAUUAACUCAAUUACAUCUCAUGCUAUUAACCAGUAACGUUUUUGAAACUACCAGGUACUACUAUGAAGGUCAAUGUGAAUGUACAUAUUAAUUGUUGAAUAUAUAUUUAUUUUGA